UUUAUAUAAGAAAACAAAACUAUGUAUUGACUGCAUUAAGAAAACAAAAACACAGUCCACUGUAUUUCUUCCUUUUCUGUGGAUCAUUUGAAGGCUCUCUCUACUUUUUAGUAAUUCAGAUAAUUUCUUCUUCUUCAUCAUCUUCAUCCCUAAAAAUGGGUUCAUCUCAACGAUUAUUCAACAGAGAAAGAACUCUUCAUGAGAUCCUUGGAGGUGGUCAAGUUGCAGAUUUGAUACUAUGGAGGAACAAGAAUCAAACUGUGAUGAUAUUGUUGGUGACAUUAGCUACUUUUGUUGUUUUUGAGAGAUCUGGUUAUACCCUUUUGUCUCUAGUUUCUAAUGUUCUUCUCCUCCUUGUUGUUAUUCUUUUUCUUUGGGCCAAAUCAGCAUCAAUUCUCAAUAGACCUGCUCCACCUCUACCACAUUUGCAUCUAUCUGAUGAAAUGACAAAUGAAAUUGCAGCUUUUAUCCAAAUGAGAGUUAAUAAUUUGUUUUCAGUUUCUCAAGAUAUUGCACUUGGUAAGGAUUCAAGGCUGUUUCUGAAAGUAGCUGCAUACCUCUUGUUAAUUUCUGUUGUUGGUGGCUUCACUGAUUUUCCUACCUUGGUAUACACAAGUCUCUUUAUUGUUCUUACUUUACCAGCACUCUAUGAAAGAUAUGAAGAUUACAUUGAUACAUUUGUUUUGAGGUGCUACAAGGAAUUAUGCCAAUUGUAUAGAAAAAUAAAUGAGGAAUAUAUUAGCAGAGUUCAAUACUGGAUUCUGGAGAAGAAAAAGUUGAGCUGAGUUUGUAUUUUCACAUUCAUUUUUUGUAAAUUUCUUUGUAACUUUUUGAAAUAUUUCUUACUAUGAUCAUUGGUCAUGGUGGCAUUUAGCCUGGUCUACUAACGUUUUUAACCA